AUGGCUGACGACUACUCUUUCGAAUAUUUUACCAUCCAACUUCCCACUGAUCAUCAAUAUGUGGCCCAUGUGGAAAUCAAUCGCCCAGGAAGGUUGAACGCCUUCAUCGAAGUUAUGUGGGAAAAUAUGGCCCAGAUCUUCAACAGGCUUUCCUCUGAUCCUCGCGUUCGCGCCAUCGUCCUCAGCGGCGCUGGAGAGAGGGCAUUCACCACCGGAUUGGAUGUGAAAGCGGCGUCGGAGGGCCUUCUAUCAUCAGACGCCAAGGCCGACCCAGCCCGAAAGGCAGCCGUCUUUCGUCGGCAUAUCACCGCCUUCCAGGACUGUAUCAGCGCGGUAGAGCGCUGCGAAAAGCCCGUUAUAGUUGCUCUUCACGGGUUCUCACUGGGACUCGGUAUUGACCUGUCCACGGCGACGGAUGUGCGUCUCUGUUCGCGCGAUACGCGGUUCGCCGUCAAGGAAGUCGAUAUCGGGCUCGCGGCAGACAUUGGCACCCUCAGCCGACUCCCCAAGGUGGUUGGAAAUUACGGGUGGGUCAAGGAGGUUGCUCUGACGGCGCGCGAGUUCGGUGCUGACGAGGCGCUGCGUGUGGGGUUCGUUAAUGCGGUGUAUGAUAAUCGUGAAGCUACUAUUGCGGCUGCGUUUAAGCUCGCCUCUCUGAUAGCUAGCAAGAGUCCCGUGGCUGUGCAAGGCACCAAGGAGAUCUUGAACUUCUCGCGUGAUCACUCUAUACAAGAUGGACUGCGCUAUACCAGUGUGUGGAAUAGCGCUGCUUUGCAGACUCAAGAUGUCUCGGCGGCUCUCCUGUCUGGGUUGCAAAAGCGUACUCCAACAUUCGAGAAGUUGUGA